UUACUUGUCCUGGAGGUCGAUCCACAUGGGGGGACCGAAACACCGCUGGCGAUGCUCCUCUGAAUACACACACACACACACACAGGAUGGAUGUGCCUGUGUCCACGCGCGAGUGCGUGCGUUCGUUCGUUCGUUCGUAAGUCCGCGCCGUACGUACCAUUUCCAUUGUCAAUCUCACUCCACAUGUCGGUGUAGAACUGUGCGAAGUCCCUGCCAACCACACGCACACACACACGCACCCGCAGGGUGAGCAUGCGUUCGUCGGUCGGUGCUUGGCUUCGGACCUUUCAUCUUUGCAGCACUGCUGCCAGAUCCGCUCAAGUGCCUUGGCAGAGACCUCGAUGUGACUGAAGGGCCGAGAUGCAUAGACCUCUGCAAGCGCCUUGAUGCUCUCGCGCACAUCCCCGCUGAACGGGAGGCCUGCACACACACAUACAUAGCGUCACACACAGGUCAGUCACGAGAGAGAGAGAGAGAGAGAGAGGGAGGGAGAGAGAGAGAGAGAGAGAGGGAGGGAGGGAGGGAGAGACCCAGACGUCCAUGCAGUGCAGUGAAGGACUGGGUGGUGUGGUGUGGUGUGAUGUGUGUGUGAGAAGCGGUGUGUGUGGGUGGCUGACCUGGGUCAAGUGAGGAGGGGAAAUUUUCUCAUUGACGGAAUUAGGGUCCAUAUUUCGUGCGCACCCUAGACUAGUCUUGGAUCUUGUCUAUCAGGUCUCUGUCGGCCUGCAGGGGGCCGUCAAGGACGACCCUCAGAGCUCAGAGAGAAGUUCCGCUGCGCGUCAGAAAGAUCCGCUCGACGGCUGCAGCAUAGCAAAGCCUUCAU